GGUGACGACACUUCCGCUCGCCUGUCAGACAGCAAACAUGGCGGCCUCCAUGGCGAAAGUAGUAGCUGUUCGUGUCCUGUCGAGCAUCAUUCACGGACGCUCGUUAUCGGUCGCUGUUCGGCAUCACUCACGGUGUUCUGUCAAUGUGUGUCCUGCAUCUUUCAUACACACAUGUCCAGUCUCAGCAUCAUCUCUUUCCUCCGCUGUCACUGUUACAGAUGAAGCAGACACUCUCUAUCAGAAGCUGUCAGUGUUGGUCAAAGGUCAUGAUAGAUCAGUGCUGGACAGCUAUGAGUUUUUUGCCACUUUGGCCGCUAAGGAGCUCGGUCUCGCUCUAGAGAAAGUAUUUGAGCCGCCUAAGCAUAUAGAUAAGUUAACACUGCUAAAGUCGGUUCACAUCUUUAAGAAACACCGAGUGCAGUAUGAGAUGAGGACACAUUACAGGUGUAUUGAGAUUUCUAGAAUAACCGGGUCAACUGCACGGGUUUAUCUGGAGUAUAUUGAGCGUAAUCUACCCGAGGGCGUUAGUAUAGAGAUCACUAAGACUGCCAUUGAGAAGAUCCCAGAACACAUCCAGAAACCACUGUGGGAAGACAACAAACUGGAGCCGUCUAGUCCAUGAGGGUCAUAUGAGGAGACGUCUGUCCUGAUAUAACCUG